UUAUACUACAUUAAAGAAAUGGAAUAAUCAGCAUCCUCAGACAGAAAUUCAGUGAAAGUGGUGUGACGUUGAUCCGAGGCGUGAGCUGUGGUUAUCAACUCUUACCAUUAAAAUGGUUCCAAGACUGAUUUUAUACUCAAUCGUAUGUAUUCUCAUCGUCGCGAGCGAAGUAUACGACCGUGAGCGUGAACGUCAACGCGCUCUUUUAAGACUUGACCGUAGUUGCGAUUUCGGCUCCUGCUUUCCCGCCUCCGGGGACCUCCUCAUCGGUCGUGAAGACCGUCUUUCUGCUACGUCUACGUGUGGAACCUACAAACCCGAAAGAUACUGUGAAAUUACAAAUUUGAGGCGGAAAACCUGCUUCUGGUGUGACUCCAGUGACGACACUGUAAACAAUUUAAAAUUAAACCAUAGAAUACAUAACGUUAUUUACAAAUAUUCCGGAACGCGUGGCGAAUCGUGGUGGCAAUCAGAGAAUGGCAAAGAAAAUGUUUCAAUCCAGUUGGAUUUGGAAGCAGAAUUCCAUCUGAAACAAUUAAUCAUGCAGUUCAAAACAUGUUUACCAAAGGCCAUGUUAGUAGAGACAUCAACCGAUUUUGGGAAAACAUGGAGUGUAUAUCGUUAUUUUGCGUACAAUUGUACUGAAUCUUUCCCCGGAGUUCCGGAGAUAACAAUCUCUUUGACAGAAGUUGUUUGCGAACCGCUAUAUUCUGGAGUUAUCCCAUCAACUGACGGGACUGUUAAUCUUAGAUUUUUGCCGCUAGGUAUCGGUCCGUAUUCCGAGGAAUCAAUUAUUUUUUUUCCCUCGACUAACCUUCGGAUCAACUUUACACAACUUCACAGUUUUGCUUCAAAUGGCGAGAUAUUACAUAAUAGUGACAACAGAGCGGCAAUUGGAGAUAACUACCAUGCCAUGAAAAAAAUUACUGUUCUUGGUUCUUGUUUCUGUAAUGGACACGCGGCAAGAUGUAUACCGGUUUCCGGAAAAGACUUAAAUGACAACAUGGUUUACGGUCGCUGCAAGUGCGCUCAUAAUACGCUCGGAAUGAAUUGCGAAUAUUGUGGUGAUUUGUUUAAUGAUUUACCUUGGCAGCCAGCUCUUGGAAAGAAGACUAAUGCGUGUAAAAAGUGUCCCUGUAAUAAUCACGCUACAAAAUGCCAUUUUGAUCCCGAACUUUAUAAUAAAAGUGGAAAGUUACAUGGUGGUGUUUGUGAUAAUUGACAACAUAAGACUACGGGUAUACAUUGUGAACGUUGCCAAUCGACAUUUUAUCAAGACCCUCACUUACGAGUAAACAUUCAACAUCUUUACUUAUGUAAGGCUUGUGCCUGCGGUCCUAAAGGAUCCUAUUACAUAACAAAACCGCCGGCCACUGUCUACAUAUGUAAAAGUGGUUUCUGGAACUUUAAUAGUACUAAUCUGGAUGGCUGUGAGAAAUGCAAUGCAACAUACUAAUUAGGACCGGUUGAAAAACCAAAGUUGCUCCCCGUCUAAUGGUAUGUCCUGUGUAAGAGUUGUAACUGGAAGAAAUUACUAUCAGUGUCUUCCUUCGACCGAUUUUCUGACUCGGACAACGGAUGUCCACCCUGUGAUUGUGACCCAAGUGGUGAUAUGGAUGUGAAAUGUUAUCCAAUUAAUAACAGGACAAUGUAAAUGCCAACCAAAUAUGACUGGACGUAGGUGCAAUAAUUUUUUGUAAAUAAUAAUUGUAGUGUAUAGUGAAUAAUACAGUCGAAAUCGGUCGAUUUGGCCAUCCCGUCUGUAUACCGCUUUACCCUCUUGCCGCCCAGAGACCUAUAAAAAGGUCUCCUGUUCCAUUCUAAUUAGAACUUUGUGUUGACAAAAUAAAAUUUCAUUUAGCUUGGCAAGGUUUGACGUAUGGGCGUCUAGAGGUUACGUGGCCGGUGAGAGGGUGCUGGAAAGAGUGGUACUUCUAACAAACUCUUUCGGUAGGGUAGAAGCCUCGUGUGUCUAAGGGUUUGUGUGACGCUUUUCUAUAUAAUUUAACAAUUACAAUAAUCUUAAACAUUAAUAAAUAUUACUUUCAACAGGUUCACACAAUUAAGGCUUUUAUUUAUUUUGUUUUCAGUGGACACCUUGUGUGUAAUUUCUAU